AUGGAGAGGUCUAGCAGAAGUUCUGCGGGUAGUUCCUUUGAUGGUACGGGUGGUCCUGGAACGUCAACUUCUUGGGAGCAACAUUAUGGUGAUGGGGAUAUCGAUCUCGAUCUGUCAAGCUUGGCCCCGAGCUACACACGCACGGACAAGGCCUUGGCGCUCUUCAGACUGGGAGUCGGGUGCUGCUUCAUCGUGCUCGGAACCUGCGCAUUAGCUCGCUUCUACCGGUCGAAGCGGAUAUUGGACAUUCGCACGAGGUCUGCGUAUCUGGUCAUGGUCGGGGGCGUGGCCGGUAUCCUGACGAUGCUCGUCACCGUGAACGAUGCCACCACCGUCAUCUGGGACACCGGGUUCGACUGGUUCUGGACAUCUCUGUUGCUCUUCUUCAUCUCGCCCGCGCUGUUCGGGAGCUACAUCUGCCGCGCGCUCCGCCUGGCCGUGGUUUUUCACCCAAGGGUGAAGCGUGCCCUGCCGUGGCUCAUCCCGGAGCGCAACUACAUGGUGGUGCUGCUGGUCUCCAGCGUGGGAAUGUUGGCAAUCCCCAUCUAUCACGAGCACACCUUGGGGGUUUGGGACGCAAUUUCGAAGCAGACCACUAUCCUGAAGAUUGAGGCCCGUGUGCUGGCGGUGGCGCUGGCUUGCAUUUACCCGUUCAUCAGGAACGUUGACGAUCUCUUCAGCAUCAGCACGGAGCUCAUCAUUGUCACUGCGACCAUUGGGCUCAUCACAAUCGUGCAGGAGAUCGACGGCCUGUGGGGGGGGUGCUACGAGCGGAGAUGGUUGGCAAACAACCUUUCGGUCUUGUUCAUGAUUGUUCUCUUCGGCGUCAGCAUCGUUGCCCCGCUGCGACGCCUAGCGUCGGAUCCUUUCGCAGCAACCAGGCGCAACUACGCCAAUCGGGUACUGCCUGACCACACGGAACCCCACAGCAUCGGAGGUAACAGACUUGAUGCUGUCCGGACGGGGCAAACGGAGAGAGGCGACGACCGCGGCCGCGAUGGCGGCCGUCGAAGUCGCUCGCAUAAGCAGGACAUAGACUUGUGGGACUUCGAGCGGAUUGUGAGGACACCCCUGCUGGCCGUCGCGUUCGAGGACUAUUCCAAGAGGGCGCUUUGCCACGAGUCAUUUCCUCUUUCUGAGCGAGGUUUCUCGACGCAUGCUAAGCGCGACGCGGGAUCGAGCGCAUGUCCUGGUUCUGUAUGGAGGUAUCAGAACGGCGACUAUGCCACGACGACAAGAGCAUCUUCGGGGUCAUCAUUUCCGACUCAGUUCGGCACGUUCUGCUACAUCACGGACACCUUCAUCAAGGCCGGCUCACCCGAGGAAGUAAACAUUAGCGACAAGGAAAGAAAGCUUAUCCUCGCGUUGUACCACAAGGGCGAAGAGCUCUUCGAGGACGUCAACGACGAGGAGAGAAGGAUGAUUUUCAGACGAGCGUAUCUGGCGGUGAAGCGUAUGCUGGAAGCCAAUCUCCUCCUCCGCUUUCUGAACACGGACCGCUUCAAGAGCGUGGAGAUGCAGAAGGAGAACACCCAGGUUAUGGUGGACUCCCUGUCCCUGCAGGCGGGAGUAGCAGUUUCUUAG